AUGAGCUUUCUUACAUCAUUGUCAAACUAUAGGAAUCUUAGAGUACUCUGGAUUGGUGAUAAUCUGUUAGAUGGUGUUUUGCCUCCAUCUAUUGGUAAUUUAUCCAAACCUCUAGAUUCUUUUGAUGGAAGUGGUUGUAAACUUAAGGAUGUCAUCCCUCAAGAAAUCGAUAAUCUUACUGAAAUGACAUCAUUGAAUCUAUUUAAAAAUGUGUUGAUAGGACAUAUUCCAAUCACUGCCCACAUCAUGGGCCCUAUUCCAGAAUCAUUUGGCAAAAUGUUGUCUUUGGAAUACUUGGAUUUGUCCUAUAACAAUCUUAGUGGUCAAAUUCCAAAGCUUGAUAUAACAAUAGAUGUUGCGUCGGCAAUAGACUAUCUCCAUAAUGGCUAUUCAACACCAGUAGUUCAUUGUGACCUGAAGCCAAAGAAUGUCUUGAUAGAUCAUGAAACGGUUGCUCAUAAAUUACUAGCCAAGCAGUUGGCUAGUGUAUUUGUCAAAGAUGGAGAAGGAUAUGCUCUUGUCGCCGACAAGAGAAAUUUCAAAGGAAAAUCAAGAGAUAUGUUGCACUCUCGAUCCUCAGGUGGUUCAAGCUCGCUUGGAAAGAAGGACGAGCCUUCUCAUUAUUAUGGUAAGAAGCCUCCUAGAUUCUAUGAUGUGGUAAUGUAG